AUGGUCCCUUAUGGAGACCUUCCAAGCAUGGUUCCAAGUCGAGAAGGAAAAGAAACGACUGGCUCACGAACGGCUGAAAAAGAUAGUAAUGGCGAUGCAGCAACAGGAAAGAACAAGCCCAAGCUCGCCCUCGCCGCUGCUUCGGAAGACAAGGCUGCUAGUAGUAAAGCCAAUAACGUUCAUAGCUUCGACAUCACUCCGGGAGCAACUGCCAUCCGAGGUUCGAAGUCUGCUAAUACCGCUAGGGAUACUGAGAGCCUUGCUACCGUUGAAGUAUCUGGUUCCAACGAGGGUGCCAAUCAUUCGAGUACCAGCCCGGAUCCAAUGCUGGUACCAGAUCAGGACGAGUCGUUCUUGGCUGCUGAAGCAAUAGACCAUGACGAGGAAGUCGCUGCGGCCUACGAAAGAGGCACGAAAGAUGCUCGGAAUGAAGCAGAUCAAUUGCGGCAGCAAGUCGAAGAAUUGCAAAAGCAAAGAGCAGUCGCCGAAGUCGCGAUCCCUGUGGAGACCACCGAAACAGAAGACGACGAAGAAGAGGAACGAAAUAAGAAGUGUUCUCCUUUCACAAUCUUUUUGUUGACAAUGCUGGGAAUAGCCGGUAUUGCUGCAGCUGUAAUACUCGGAACUCGAUCUAAAGCUGCUAAAGAUCAAAUGGCAACGGCGAUACCAAGUCUUUCACCAACUUUGUCACCAACAGUGUCGCCAACUCUGUCACUUGCACCAACCAGUACACCCAAAUUCUUUUUCCAGCAACUUGGAGAGCAGCUUAAUGGAUCGCCCGGUGAUGACUUUGGCUCUUCUAUUUCCCUAUCCAGCGAUGGGCGUGUUAUGGCUGUGGGUGCCGUCGAAAUAGGUUCCACGGGAUAUGUCAAUCUAUACCAACUUGAUGGAGUAACGUGGACUCUCCUCAGGACAUUUAAAGGAACCAAUUCAGGAGACAUGUUUGGACAUUCUGUUUCCGUUUCAGGAGAUGGGAAUAGUCUAGCCGUUGGUAUACCAGGGCCUGGCAGUGACACUCGAAACGCUAGGGAAGGGCGAGUGAAGGUAUUUGAUGUUGGAAGCAAUGACACUUGGGAGGCGAUCGGAAAUGAACUAUUUGGUACAAAGCGCGACGGAGGAGGAUAUUUUGGGUUUUCUGUUUCCUUGUCGGAAGACGGAAAGAUGCUGGCAGUUGGUGAGCCCGGGAACGGUGGCAUGAAUCGAGCUUAUGAGCCAGAUGGUGGCCGAGUCACCGUUUAUGAACUGAUCAAUGGUUUGUGGGAAGACAUUGGAAGUCCCAUUGUAGACGAGUGCUGCCUGCGGCUGGGGUGGGCAGUCGAACUCAGCGCAGGGAGCCACUUGCGAAUUGCUAUAAGUGGACGAUAUGAAUAUGAAUAUUUAACACAAGGACAAGUGCUUGAGCUUGUUGACGGAGACUGGAAGCCAAUUGGUCAGAGUUUCCCGAAUUAUGAGCUCGGAGAAACAGCUUUAUCGCAAGAUGGGAAUGUUGUUGCAUUCUCAGGCAUAAACCGGUCAUCGGAGUACGACAGCCAGAAUACAGAUCAAUCAUACCCUGGUGUUGUAUCAGUCCAUCGAUAUAAUCCUAGUACCAACUGGACGGAAAUGGGACGUAUUGAAGUUGGGAAUAUUACGAGGGCACCUACAGUGUCCCUGUCCCCCGAUGGGGAAGUCUUGGCUAUCGGCAAUCCUGUUUAUGAUUCAGUAGGACGUGUAUUGUUGUUCUACUAUGACAAUUCUACAAGCACAUGGGCGCCUUUUACUGAAGGAGAUUUCGUUGGAAGACAACAUGAUGGCCGAUUUGGUUCUAGCAUUGCGCUUGUCGGUAGCAAAGACAACUUCACUGUUGCCGUUGGAUCGUUUGCGUCAAACGUUCAUGGAUCUGCUGGAAGUGUGGCUGUAUACAAUCGCCGUUUUGGUGUCGUACCGACUGUCACAAUGGGGCCGACUCCUGCGCCUACUGCAGCUACUGUUUCAUUUAACGAGAUUUAUAAAUGGCAUGGUGAUGAUAAUUAUGAGGACUUUAUCGUUGGAAAUGCUGUGAGUCUGUCGAAAGAUGGGCGAGUGCUGGCCCAGAGCUACUUUGAUGGACCACAAACUGUUGUGAAAGUUUACGAAGAUCAAAGCUGGGACGACCAACCGCACUGGAAAUCAAUUGGAACUCUAACGAGCCCCGACACAGAAGCAAAGUUUGCUUUAUCUGCGGACGGACGUGUUGUCGCUCUUUGUAAUAACAUUCCAUCCGAGGAAAGCAAUGCCACAGUUAGCGUCUUUCAGUACACCGGAAGAGGAAGGUGGGAUCAAUAUGGUGCUGAUAUCAAUAGCGCCAGAGCAGGUGAUUUUCAGGAGGUUAACUAUUUAUCGUUGUCUCAAAAUGGAAGUACAAUUGCUAUAGGCGCGAUAUUGCCGGAUGACUGGUACGAAGCACCUGUUGUUUACCGAAUGGAAAAUGGCCAGUGGGAGCAGCUUGGAGAGCAGGAACCAUGGACCUCUGUAACGUCGCUAUCCCUGUCAUGCGAUGGCAAUAUAGUUGCGAUUGGGGAUAGCCUGCCGGAGCUUUUUGGUGACGAUACAGGAGCAGCAGCAAUAUUUAAGUACGUGGAUGACAAGUGGCAACAGUUGGGUCAACGUUUUUCUGGUAGUGGACGAAAAAUAUAUUUUGGGCGUUCAGUAUCUCUAUCUUGCGAUGGAACUGUAGUAGCAAUUGGAAGCUCAAGCAAUGAUAUUGACAAUGGAAGGAAUGUGGGUCACGUUCGUGUCUAUCGGUACAGUGUCAUGGCCAAUUGGACGCAGAUUGGAAAGCCUCUUAUUGCGGAUGAAAGCGGGGAUGGUUUUGGCAAUUCUUUUUCGCUAUCUGCAGACGGAAGAAAACUUGCUAUCGGAGCCGCUGCUGGUAGCUACGUGAAAGUAUAUGAAUAUGACGAUGAGAAUGCCUAUUGGCAUCAAGUGGGAGCCACGUUGGAAGAUGAAUUAACUGGUAGUGGUUUUGGUAAGAGCGUUGCAUUAGCAGACACGGGCGAAGGAACCAAGCUGGCUGUGGGGGCACCGUUCUAUGUGAAAUCGGCGUCCGCACUCACGGGUAGAACCCGCUUGUUCCAGGAACAACAGGUGGAAGGAACAAACUCCCCAACUGAAACCCCUCUGCUCGCAGAGAGCGUCGACUUUCCGCUCCAAAAUUGCGAGGGAGAUUGUGACACUGACUUCGAUUGUGAUCGUGGGUUGCUUUGCAUGCAGCGAGACGGUGGUGAAUCAGUACCUGGAUGCUCCGGUGGAGAAGAAGACGACAGUCUAACUGACUAUUGCAUCAAGUGCCAAGAUGUUCCUGGGUGGUUAGAUGACGUAGAUAUUGAAUGGGGCAAAAACUGUAAAUGGUAUCAGGACAAUGAUGCUCCUGGUUGUCCAAACUGGGGAUUAGGACGUGUUGGACUUUUUGGGUUGACGGCAAAGGAGGCAUGUUGUCACUGCAAGAGCAGGGACUGUGGAGAUGUUCCGGAUUGGUCCUACCUUGAUUCCUGCACGAGCCGAGACUGCGGAGAUGCUCCAGUUGUCUGGGAAGAUUCAUCCUCCCGUCACCUAAGAUGCGAUUGGUACGAAAUGUUCGAUGAAAUUGGUUGUCCCAAUACUGGUGACGAUUGGGGAAUCGCAUAUGAUAAUAGUGAUGGUGGUGGAUCCACCGGCAUGUCGGCAAACGAUGCCUGUUGUCAUUGUCGAACCUACUAA